AUGGCCUCACAUUUGACAUUGGAAUGUCCCUCGUCUCAUGAUAUAUACUUCAACCUCAAGGGAGAAGCCUUCUUUCGGCCUAUGUCUGCAUCGGUGAUUCUUAAAAAAUGUACAGACUCGGAUUUCUCGCGUGCAGAGCAGGUGCAAGUUUCCCUCGUCCGUGUUCUAUCGAGCAAGUCAAGUCGAGAUUGCGCCAGCCGCAACAAACCUUUCUUGAAGCAAGUCUGUCGCCUACUCUCGUCGAAGGCACGACCAACACCAUCCGAAACUACACAGACAUGCUCGGUAAUUGAGGAAAUGGCACUGUGUGUCCCCAAUCUUUCUACAGAUAGCCAGGUGGGCUAUUCACCCAACGACGGCAAAGUCUACAGGAUCCUCUUCCACAUGCCCAUCACACCCAAUAUGCCAGCAAGUGCCGCCACAGACUUGGGCAAUAUAUCAUAUUUCUUGGCCGCCUCCCUCAGAACAUCAGAGGGUAAUGUUCUUGGUACAAGUCAAGAGAUCAGCUUUACGCGGCAGCUGAUCCCCGACUGCAAUACAGACAUCCAGCAUAUCCGCAAUUAUCCAAAUGGGGCAGUCGUGGCCCAGAUCAAUCUCUCACAGCAGAUUGACUCGACGGAGAGUUCAAACAUCUCCCUGGACGCAAAGAUACUUCUCCGACGACCAGUUACUCCUGCUACUCGGCCAACAGAAUUCAAAUCUGUGGCGAUACGUGGGAUCCGAUGGCGCGUGGAAGAGAUAACCAAGCUCUUUAUCCCACCAGAAGAUCUUCAUCAACCAGAAGAUGGACAGAGCCCAGUAAACCAGUCAAUUGAAAAGGAAUCUACCACCCGUGAAUUAUUCAACGGGUUUCAAAAGGGAUAUUGGGUAACCUUCCAGAAUCCCAUCGUAAAGGGACGUCAACACCCAGAAUCCAACCAUGGCUCCCCGAUCGAGAUCAAACUUGACAUCCCAAUUCCCAAAGACGUGACACCUACGCCAGAGAUCUCUCUAUCCAACUAUAUUCCUGAAUCCAUGCCAGCACAGUCCGUACCGCCAUCGAUUCAAGGACAAUUUCCACCCACAACGCCAGCGAGCUUGGUACUCACAGUUGAACAUCGUCUGAGAUUUGAUCUAUUGACCAGUGAAGACACUUUCGACGUCGACAAUCAUAACUUGGUGGAUGGCAGACCGUUGCGCACUGUGUUGAAUAUUUCUUUCCCACUCCUUAUUCUCAGACGAGCUCAUGGUCGCAUUGAUGAGACGGUUUGUCAGGGGAAUCCGCCAUCUUAUGAUGAAGUUCCGGUUUCGCCUCCCGACUACAAAGACUUUGCACAACCUGGAAGGAUCUGA